AUGCGGUUAGAAAAAUGUUAUUUUUGUUCGUCGACAGUAUACCCAGGACACGGUACAAUGUUUGUGCGAAACGAUAGUAAGGUUUUUCGUUUUUGCAGAAGUAAAUGCCGUGUGGCAUUUAAGCACAAACGCAACCCUCGCAAAGUACGGUGGACUAAAGCGUUUAGAAAGGCUGCAGGAAAGGAAAUGACUAUAGAUAGCACAUUCGAAUUUGAAAAACGUCGUAAUAUACCUGUACGCUAUGAUCGCGAACUAGUGAAUACUACAGUGAAAGCAAUGAAACGGGUCACGGAGAUUCGAGCAAAGAGAGAACGCGCGUUCUAUAAACUUAGGAUGGCUGGUAAUAAGGAACGUGAAAAGGCCGAGUUCAUAUCCGAGGUACAACGCAACAUUGAACUUGUGCAGGCUCCGGGUGCAAGAGUCAAAGCACAAGUCUCAAAAAUACUGGAGAAAAAGACGCAGAAGCAGCCGCAGCAACAACGCAUGGAGAUUGACAGUUAA